AUGAUGGCGGCGGCUGCAGAGCGGUGCAGCCGGGAUCCGUGCGGCGCGCUCUGCCCGCUGCUCGCCUACCUCAGCGUGGGCUACGCCGACUACGCCGUGCUCGCCCACGUCCUGCCGCAGCCCGCGCUGCGAGCCAGCCCAUGGUGCCCCAUCCACGCAGUGACGUUCAACCUCCUGGUGCUUCUGCUUCUGGCCUCCCACACCCGCGCCGUCUUUGCCGACCCCGGUGUGGUUCCCCUUCCCGGCACCGCCAUCGACUUCUCAGACCUGCACCCAACGGAGCGGGACUCGGAUGAGUGGACGCUGUGCAGUCGCUGUGAGGCGUAUCGGCCUCCCCGUGCCCAGCACUGCCGCGUGUGCCACCGCUGCGUGCGCCGCAUGGACCACCACUGCCCCUGGAUAAAUAACUGCAUCGGGGAACUGAACCAGAAAUACUUCAUCCAGUUCCUCUUUUACACGGGCCUGACCAGCGCCUACGCGGCGGGGUUGGUGUUGGCUGCGUGGUUGGGACCAUCAGGAGGAGACGGCGCCGAAAACCGCAUCCAGACCACUCACUGCGUCGUGCUGCUGCUGGAGUCCCUCCUGUUUGGCGUUUUUGUCACCGUUGUGUUUUAUGAUCAGGUGGUGUCCAUCCUCACGGAGCAGCCCCACAAGCGGGGCUCGAAGGAGGCGCGUGGGGGACGAGCGUGGGCAGCAGCGCUGCAGGAGGUGUUUGGGGCGGGCUGUGUGCUCAGCUGGCUCUGCCCCUGCAGCCCCCCAUCCCGCCCCACAUACGGCCUCCUGCCCCACGGCGACGUCUGAGCCCCAUGGAAUGGCUGGGGGAGGGGGGGUGUUGGUGCCCAAGGGGUGCUGAUGCCCCAAAGUUUGGGUACCCAGGAGAGGUUCUGAGAGCCCAGCUCUGCGUUCAGGGGGUCCGGCCCCAAAGUUUGGCCACCUCCUAGAGGUGCUGGGGCAUCCGUGGGUCCGUGCUCAGGGGGUCUUGCCCCACAGAUCAGGCGCCCCAUAGAUUGAGGUCCAGGGGGUCUCAGCCCUCCAAGUCCAGGCACCCCAACACCCCACAGAGGUUCAGGGAUGGCCCCGAUUCGUGACGCUGUGUGGCACCAAGGAGGGGGGGGCACCCAACCAACCCCUCUGCACCCGGUGUU